AUGUCGCUUGCCCAAUCGAUCAGAGUCAACAAGCCUCCCACGAUAUUGUCAACGAUACUCUCUGGUCUAACUCAAGCUGCCAGCGAGCCUCUCGUAACUGGUGGACUUCUGUACCUGUUGACUCGUGGUAGUACGCAGCUUCGAGCGCAGCUCCUCGCGCCUUUCGGAUUCACUUCGUCUCUCUUUGCCAAUGAUCCUGAGAGUAUCGCUAGGCUUGCGGCAGUAGUCACGGCUCUCAAAGUACUCACUACAGCGGGUGUCCUGCGUCGUAUCAACCAGGCUUUGAACCAUCUGGCAUGGAACAACUGGAGAUUAAAAAGAUCAGGCGCUGACUGGCAAUUCGGGCCAGAGAAGAAAGAGGUGAUACUUAUCACAGGUGCAAGCAGCGGCUUUGGUUACCUAAUGGCUAUGGAGUUGUCCAAACAUGCGCGGAUCAUCGCGUUAAACAGGUCGCCGCUACCCGCAGAUCUGGAGGCGCUGCCGGAUGUUCACUUCUACCAAUGCGACGUUGGCGACAUAUCUGCACUUGAAACUGUGUGCGAACAAGUCAAGAAGGACUUCGGGACGAUCAGCGUGCUGAUAAACAAUGCUGGAUAUGGAAUUGGCAAAACAUUGCUCGAGGUAAGACAGAGUUCGAUAAAUCCCGACCUUUACAUCGAGAAGGCUGACGGCAAGCAGACAACCAACGCUGAGGAUGAGAAGCUGUUUCGAGUUAACCUCUUAUCACAAAUGGUUCUCAUACGCGCUUUCCUUCCAGCUAUGCUCGCACAGGAGAAAGGCCAUGUCGUUUCCAUAGCCUCCAUGGGAUCCUUUGUCGUCCCCCCUAACAUGGUCAACUACUGUAUCUCGAAGAUCGGUGCCUUGUACCUCACUGAGGGUCUUCGGGCUGAAUGUCUCACACGUUAUCCUGGUGGUUCAUCUAUCUGUAACACCUCUAUCCACCCGGGAUGGCACAAGACCGGGAUAGACAAGGAUGGCACACUAGCGAAGUUAGGCAUCGUAGAAGACCCGCCAGAGCCAGUGAUAGACGUGGUGUUAGACCAGGUUUUGAACGGCAAAAGUGGCAUGAUCUGUAUCCCAAAGCACCAUCAGCGAGAUUCGCUGCUUCGAUUUUGGCCGAGAUGGGCGCAGGAUCUCAAAUUCGGGCUGGUGGGUUCAAAGGUAUAA